AUGUCCUCCUCUCAACCCCCAAUCCCACAAAAAGACACCUCGGAACCCUCCUACGCCGUCCACCGCCCCAUAUCACAACCCGGAUCCUCCUCACAACCACAAUCCUCAACGCCCACCGAGCACGAUGAUGAAAGACCCAAUACCCCUCCCCCGUACUCUGGUCCCACCAGCCCUCAGAUGACCGCUCCUCCAGCCCCUCAACCCCAACCCAACUACCCAGGCCUUCCUCGACUCGACUACACACUCUACUCACCUCCCAAUUUCACGCUCUCCACCGACCUCACAACACUAACCUCCUACACGCCCCCAUUAUCAACCUAUCCAACCUCCUUACUCCAACUAAUUCAAUCCCUGGCCUCCAUCCCGCCAAAACCGACGAUCCGCAUAUACGGCAGCACAAACAAUGAAAUAGAUUUCGACGUCCGUGUUAAUAUCAUGAACCUAAUUGUGCCAGAGGAUGAGAAACGGAGGAUGAAUUACGUGAAGUUGAUUGGCAAGGGGGAGACCGGGUAUAGGGGGGAUUUUAAGAAGAGUAGUUUUCCGGAGAAGGCAGGGUUGGAGGACUGGUGUAGGGGGUAUUGUGAGGAUUCUGCGGGUAUAAAGCAGUUUGCAUUGGACAGAAUCGUAACAAACUGGGACACCUCCUACCUCGAAGGCCGCCUCCUCUCCCUCAUCUCCAGCACCUCCUACAAAGGACACGUCCAGAUCUCGUUCCCUCUCACGCACUCCCGGGUUGUAGUCCACUCGCCAGAUAAAGUCAACAGAUUCUUCUCUAAUGUCGCUAAAGUCUUCACGGGGACCAAGAAGUACGAGGUUAUUAAGAGCGUGUGGCCGUACGCGGAUAUCGCGAGAGGUGAACCAGGGAGGAGAUGUGCCGUUCAGGAAGAGGAGGUCUGGUUUGCGGAUUGGAGGGAUGCGAUUAGACACGCCGUUAUUGGCAAGAGGAAGGGCAGGGUGACGGUUGAGGAUCGGUUGGAGUUUUUGAUGGAGCCAAGGCCGGAGGAGACGGGGAAGAUGGCUGAGUGGUGA